AUGCUCAAGCUCCCUGACUAUUGUUCAAUCUACACAGCCGAAGCCUUGGCUAUCUCCCAUGCACUAGACAUUAUAAAACAAGACUCAAUAAACAAAUCUAUCAUACUAAGCGAUUCCCUUAGCACAUUCAAAAGCAUCCAAAACCACUACCAACCUAAUAGCAUAUCACAAAAAAUCCAGAACCAGAUAUCGUUUCUUCAAACCAACGCACAGACUAUCUCUUUGAUAUGGAUACCAAGUCAUAUUGGCAUUCCCGGAAAUGAGUUAGCUGACACAUACGCCAAACAGUCCAUCUCAUCUCCACACUCUAUAAUCCUCUGCUCACACACAUUACAAGACUCAAAACAUUUCAUCGCCGAUUACAUUCUAAAAAAUUGGCAACACACCUGGUCAACUCUACGUACUAAGCUAAAUGAAAUCAAACCGAGCAUUCUCCCAUGGCCAACCAUUCCACUUCCCCGGCGCCAUGAAGUAAUUCUUAAUAGACUUCGAAUAGGUCACACAUGGUUAACCCACAAACACCUAAUGACCAAAACGAAUCCCGAACCAUGUCUCUCCUGUGGCGUAACACCUACAGUCAAGCACAUCAUAUGCUCCUGUCUAGAACACAACGACGUCAGAGUCAACCUCAAACUAGCUGACAAUCUUUAUGAAGCACUCGGCCCGGAUCCGGACAACAUCCAAAAGAUAUUUACUUUUUUAAAACUAACUAAAUUUUAUAAUUUAAUCUAA